GGCGGCGCCCUUGCGCAAGUGCUGAGAAAGUGUCUCUAUAGAGAAACAGUGAGAAAUAUCAGGUUUGCUGCACAUUUUUAGUGUCAUCUGAUUGUGAAAGGUGAUAGCAGGUGCACAAAACGAGAUCCACGACCGAGCCAUCGAUUGCAAUAACAGCGCUUGGCGUGGCUCUGGCAGAACGUCCGUGCGAAGAUGGGCCUCCAUCCGAGCCCCUACCCCUAGCGAAAAGUGGACGGGGGGAGAACAAUCGCAGAUUUCCCUGCAAACACAUCCCGGUUGAACUUGGACUUGACGGCUUUCACUUUUUGCAGAAAUUGUGGACGCUGCCAUAUAACUUGCUAACGGGAGUUAUCUGCGCGACCGCCUCUGUCAUCGUUCGGAGACGCAGGAGUUCCCCAGCUCGUGGUGUGCAGAUAACAGCCGCGCCAAGGGCCCUGAUGAAAAUGGACGCGGAGCUACUCCACUCCCCUGUGGUGGGACUGGCGGAGGAGGAGGAGGCCGACAUGGGCGACUGGAACCUGCCGCUGGCCUUCAUGAAGAAGCGCCACUCGGAGAAGAUCGAGGGCUCCAAGGCGCUGGCACAGAGCUGGAGGAUGAAGGACAGGAUGAAGACGGUGAGCGUGGCCCUGGUGCUCUGCCUGAACGUGGGAGUGGACCCCCCCGACGUGGUGAAGACCUCGCCGUGCGCCCGGCUGGAGUGCUGGAUCGACCCAUUGUCCAUGAGUCCACAGAAGGCCCUUGAAACCAUCGGGGCCAACCUCCAGAAGCAGUAUGAGAACUGGCAGCCUCGGGCGCGCUACAAGCAGAGUCUGGACCCCACGGUGGACGAGGUGAAGAAGCUGUGCACGUCGCUGCGCCGCAACGCCAAGGAGGAGCGCGUGCUCUUCCACUACAACGGCCACGGCGUGCCCCGGCCCACCGUCAACGGGGAGAUCUGGGUCUUCAACAAGAACUACACGCAGUACAUCCCCCUGUCCAUCUACGACCUGCAGACCUGGAUGGGCAGCCCGUCCAUCUUUGUGUACGACUGCUCCAACGCCGGCAUCAUCGUCAAGUCCUUCAAGCAGUUCGCCCUGCAGAGGGAGCAGGAGCUGGAGGUGGCGGCCAUCAACCCCAACCACCCCCUGGCCCAGAUGCCGCUGCCCCCCUCCAUGAAGAACUGCAUCCAGCUGGCGGCGUGCGAGGCCACCGAGCUGCUGCCCAUGAACCCUGACCUCCCCGCUGACCUCUUCACCUCAUGCCUCACCACGCCCAUCAAGAUCGCCCUGCGCUGGUUCUGCAUGCAGAAGAGUGCCAAGCUGGUGCCAGGGGUGACGCUGGACCUGAUUGAGAAAAUACCUGGCAGGCUGAACGACAGGCGAACGCCACUCGGAGAACUCAAUUGGAUCUUCACGGCGAUCACCGACACCAUCGCGUGGAACGUUUUGCCCAGAGACCUGUUCCAGAAGCUCUUCCGGCAGGACCUGCUGGUGGCCAGCUUGUUCCGUAACUUCCUGUUGGCCGAGAGGAUAAUGAGGUCCUACAACUGCACGCCAGUCAGCAGCCCGCGCCUCCCGCCAACAUACAUGCAUGCUAUGUGGCAGGCCUGGGACCUGGCGGUGGACAUCUGCCUCUCGCAGCUCCCCACCAUCAUCGAGGAGGGCACCGCCUUCAGGCACAGUCCCUUCUUCGCCGAGCAGCUGACGGCCUUCCAGGUGUGGCUCACCAUGGGCGUGGAGAACAGGAACCCCCCGGAGCAGCUGCCCAUCGUCCUGCAGGUCCUCCUGAGCCAGGUGCACCGCCUCCGAGCGCUGGACCUCCUGGGCCGCUUCCUGGACCUGGGACCCUGGGCCGUCAGUUUGGCCCUGUCGGUGGGGAUCUUCCCCUACGUGCUGAAGCUGCUGCAGAGCUCGGCGCGGGAGCUGCGUCCACUGCUGGUCUUCAUCUGGGCCAAGAUCCUGGCCGUGGACAGCUCCUGCCAAGCUGACCUUGUGAAGGACAACGGGCACAAGUACUUCCUGUCUGUACUGGCUGACCCCUAUAUGCCCGCGGAGCACCGGACCAUGGCUGUGUUCAUUCUGGCGGUCAUAGUCAACAACUACAACACAGGCCAGGAGGCCUGUCUCCAGGGUAACCUGAUUGCCAUUUGCCUGGAGCAGCUGAACGACCCUCACCCGCUGCUGCGCCAGUGGGUGGCCAUCUGCCUGGGCCGCAUCUGGCAGAACUUCGACUCGGCGCGCUGGUGCGGCGUCAGGGACAGCGCCCACGAGAAGCUCUACAGCCUGCUCUCCGACCCCAUCCCCGAGGUGCGCUGCGCGGCCGUCUUCGCCCUGGGGACCUUCGUGGGCAACUCGGCCGAGCGGACGGAUCACUCGACCACCAUCGACCACAACGUGGCCAUGAUGCUGGCCCAGCUCAUCAACGACGGCAGCCCGGUGGUCCGCAAGGAGCUGGUGGUGGCGCUGAGUCACCUGGUGGUGCAGUACGAGAGCAACUUCUGCACCGUGGCGCUGCAGUUCAUGGAGGAGGAGAAGAGCUACUCCGUGCCCUCGCCCGCCAACACUACAGAGCCGGGGAAUCUGACCCCGGUGAAGGACAGCCCGGCCAUCCCCCGCCUGCGCUCGGUCAACUCCUACACCAACAUCCGCGCCGCCACCACCGCACGCAACCUCAACAAGAGCCUCCAGAACCUCAACCUCAACGAAGAAGGUGGUCCGGUGGCCUUCUCCCCGGGGAACCUGAGCACCAGCAGCAGUGCCAGCAGCACGCUGGGCAGCCCGGACAACGACGAGUACAUCCUGUCCUUCGAGACCAUCGACAAGAUGAGGAGGGUCAGCUCCUACUCCUCCCUCAACUCCCUCAUCGGUGUGUCAUUCAACAGCGUCUACACCCAGAUCUGGAGGGUCCUCUUGCACUUAGCGGCCGACCCCUUCCCCGAGGUGUCCGACCUGGCCAUGAAGGUCCUCAACUGCAUCGCGUACAAGGCUACCAUGAACGCCCGCUCGCAGAGGAUCCUGGACUGCGGCUCCUCCACACAGUCGGCCCCAGCCAGCCCCACCAGCAAAGGCACACACAUACACCAGGCUGGUGGCUCCCCGCCCAUGCCCAGCGCCAGCAGCUCCAGCCUGACCAAUGAGGUGCCCAAGCCGCCCGCCCGCGACGCACCCCCUGCCCGGCCCCCCUACACGCCGACACUGGGGGGCCAGGCGCCGCACUCGCACCAGUUCCCCCGUACCCGCAAGAUGUUUGAUAAAGGGCCCGACCAGGCGGCGGAGGACGGAGACGAGCCGACCCCACACAGGAACUACAUCAGCGCCACCAUGCAGACGGGCCUGUGUGACUGGAGCGCCAAGUACUUCGCCCAGCCCGUCAUGAAGAUUCCAGAGGAGCACGACGUGGAGAGUCAGGUGCGGAAGGAGCGGGAAUGGCGCUUCCUGCGGAACGCUCGCGUGCGGAGGCAGAGCCAGCGCAUCACGCAACGGGGUGUCUCUCGGCUAGACGACCAGAUCUUCAUCAACCGGAACCCUGGCGUUCCGUCGGUGGUCAAGUUCCACCCCUUCAACCCCUGCAUCGCCGUGGCCGAUAAGGACAGCAUAUGCUUUUGGGACUGGGAGAAGGGAGAGAGGCUUGAUUACUUCUACAACGGCAACCCUCGCUACACGCGCAUCACGGCCAUGGAGUAUCUGAAUGGACACGACUGCUCGCUCCUGCUCACAGCCACCGACGACGGAGCCUUGAGAAUCUGGAAGAACUUUGCCGACCAGCGGAACCCGGAGAUGGUGACAGCCUGGCAGGGUCUAUCUGACAUGCUACCCACUACAAGAGGUCUAGCGCGCCGCGUCUCCAUCUAUCUUGACAGGAGUAAACAGGGAGGUGCUGGCAUGGUGGUGGACUGGGAGCAGGAGACGGGUCUGCUGAUGACAUCAGGAGACGUGCGCAUCAUCAGGAUCUGGGACACCGAGAGGGAGACCAAGGUUCAGGACAUCCCAACCGGAGCGGACAGCUGUGUGACCAGCUUGUCGUGUGACCCCCAGCGUUCCCUGAUCGUGGCGGGCCUGGGCGACGGUUCAGUGAGAGUGUACGACCGGCGAAUGGCUCCCAACGAGUGUCGAGUGAUGACGUACCGGGAGCAUGGUGCCUGGGUGGUCAAGGCUCAUCUACAGAGGGAGACGGACGGCCACAUCAUCAGUGUUAGUGUAAACGGAGACGUACGUUUCUUCGAGACACGUGUACCGGAAUCUGUGAACGUGCUGCAAACAGUGAAGGGUCUGACCGCGCUGGACAUCCACCCACAGGCCAACCUCUUCGCUUGUGGCUCCAUGAACCAGUUCAUCGCUGUGUACAACUCCAACGGCGACGUCAUCAGCAACAUCAAGUACUACGACGGCUUCAUGGGCCAGAGGAUCGGGGCCAUCAGCUGCCUGGCCUUCCACCCCUACUGGCCCCACUUGGCCGUGGGCAGUAACGACUACUACAUGUCCAUCUACUCGGCCGAGAAAAGGCUCAGAUAACAGCGCGGCUGCGCCCAGCCCAGGCCCCGCCCAGGCCCCAGCCAGGCCCCGCCCAGAUGCUGAGAAAACACACACACACACACACCACCACCACCACCACCACCCCUCUCUACCCUGGAGCCAGGAUGUAAAUGACUUCUGAUGUACAUAUGCAAAACUACCACCCUGAAUGUCUAGUGAUGGCUGCUCUAUCUCUCUCGUGAUGACGACCUAUAUUAUUAUUAUUAUUAUUAUUAUUAUUCUUGUUAUUAUUAUGAUCGUUACUACUAAGCAUUAUUUUGGAGCUAAUGAUUGUAGACUUUGGCUGUGCUGAAGAGUGUACAUUGAAUUUGCAUAUAUAUAACGUUGAAAGAGCUUAGAGGUUCUAUUUUAAAAGGUACAGCCUGCGCGCGAGGGGGGGUCUGAGGGCAGACCUCUCCUCCGCCAGCGUUCCUGCCUGUUUGAUUUGAACUCUGACCCCUGCUUGACCCCGUGACCUGUGUGGAGAAAAAGGGGGGUGUGAAGGAAAAGCAAUGGAGGAGGAGUGGAGGUGGGAAGAGGCGGGGAUGGAGCCGUGAGAGACUUCAGGGCGAGACCGGGUGGAUGGCCACCGAUGUGCCUGCGUGCUCAAGGUGUGGCCUGCCUACCUGGCCUGCUGCUGCUGCUGCUGUGGAUGAUGGAGGCCACCUGUGUUUCAGGUGGUGGUCGUGCGCACACACACACACACACACACACACACACACACACACACACACACACCUAUGAUGGGUCUUAAAGCCCUAUCAGUCACCAAACCUCCUGUCUGUUAGUCUGUUUACACACACACACUUGGCCACAUCUCACUCACUCACUCACAGACAGAGACAGACAUACAGACAGACAGACAAGACAGACACACAUAUAGUACAUUCACUCCACACACACAAAGGCACUCUCUCUCUCACACUCUCUCACACACACAGUGCCAAAACCAACCAUCUCCCCACCCCCUCCCCUCUUCACCACCUCGGCUCUCUGACGCACGGGGGCCGCACGUCCUGGGGUGGACCUGACCUGUCCACCGCCACCCUCCGAAGCCUCCUCGGAGACGGGAGGUCACUACCUAUCUUCCUGUGUGCCCUGCUAAGCAAUAAGGAUCCCAGGGUUGAGACUGACAAGCUUCAACUGGAGCAUCUCACUUUAAAAAAAAAACAACAACAAAAAAAAACAAACAAAAUGGACUUGGGCCUAAGAGAGGACUCUGACGAUAGCACCCACCCGCAUCAUAGCUGUGAAGAUCACAAGCUUUGGUCUCUUUUUCUUUUUUUGUUUUUGUUUGUAUGAUCCUGCUGGUCGUAACGCAUUGUGUUGGAAUCCCAAGCUGUGGCUGUGUUUUAGCAUGACAUUCAUUGCUGACCCGCGUGGUCCGCUUUUUGUCUGGCUGACCGAGGGACCGAGUCGUCCCACGGGCUGGUCAGCACUGCUAGAGGAUCUGAAGGCCGACCAGCUGACCCAUGAUAAGCACCAGGACCAUCCAGCCUCAUAACCUCCCCCUCGCAACCAAAAGGUGAUGACCUCUGAACUCUCGACUCCCAGCUCACAGCCACACCAGCCUUUUAGCUCGACCCCAGCUCUUGUGCCAACAGCCGCCCCCCCCCCCCCUCAUCUUCUCAUCCUCUCGGCCCUGCAGGCCGCAAGGGGAUCAUGGGAAACGGAGUUUCCCGUCAGCCUUCCCACCCUCAGCUCUCUCUCUCUCUCUCUCUCUCUCUCUCUCUCUCUCUCUCUCUCUCUCUCUCUCUCUCUCUCUCUUUCUGCGUUCAUCUAGACAUGAUUAUCCUCCGUUCUCUUUUGUUUCUUUUUGAAUUUUAUUUAAAGUUUACUUUUACUUUUCGGUUUCGUUUUAAAUCUUGAUUUUAUUGGGGACUCUGGGACUCAUCUCUGUGCUCUUGGUUAGACGUCAGUGGACCGAGGAGAGAGGCGCUGGUGGAAAGGAAGCCGUUAGCCUCAGACCUUCUUUUGCCCUCUUCUGGCUGCCUUACGCAUAGCUGAUUGCUACUUCAUGGCUUCCUAGCUGUUGGUUGACCGUUUCUUGUGACACACUAGAACCAGAGUGCCAUCUGUGGUGCACGUAUGCACUGACCUGUACUGACCGUUCUGACCGUUCUGCAUGUUCCGGAGCUGGUGGUUGUCGUCCUCUCAGACCGCCCUCAGUGUCUCGGCGCGCUCGCUAUACACAUAAUUGUUUACUUCCUGUAGCCCAUUUUGGAUGCUCAAUUGUAAUCAACAAAAACCAGCAACAGCCCAGAGAAAAAAGGGAUGCAUUAAUAAAAUCACUGGGAGUGCAGUGUACUCAUUGCUACGUUUCUAUUGAGAAAAGAAAAGGCUGUGUCAAAUGUAAGAUUUCUUUAGGCCUGAGGGUCAGCUCUCUGCUCUUCUCACAGUAAAUGUUUCUUUACACCGAGGAACUGCUUUUCUAAUUCUUAAAGUGCCUCCCUCCAGGGAGUGCAAUUCUUAAACAUGCUUAUCAAUUCUUGACUUUACUUCCCAGAGUCCUCUGAUGAAGUGAUUGUAAAGAGGGUCAUCUAGGGAAGCCUCCGAGUCUCUCUAGUAAUGAAAUGUGGCGUAUCUGGUUGGAACGGUGCCGCCUCCACAUAAUAAACGUUGGACUAUCGCUCCAAUGAUAAAAGUAUAGUAGAACCCAAGCACUUGUACAGUGAAAUUAUCUCCUCUUUUUUUUGUACUUCACGUUCCCCUUCUCCAACCCAUAGUCAAUAUAUGAAUAUAUAAUUUUAUUUUUGUCCUUUUUUUUCAUACCCUUGAGGGUAUAUUGUAAUUUGCUUUCUCUCAUUGUGGGUUUGUGUUUUAAUUCUCUGGUCUUUUUUUGCUUGUCUCUUGCCUUGGCUUUUUUUUUGUGAGGGCGGGGUGGUUCGGAAUGAAGUAGUCGCAUCACACGCCACUUGAGUUAUUCCCCUGGCUUAACCCUGUCAUGAAAUGGAAGCCCUUACUUUUGCCACUUUAUCUCGCUUGACUCCCGAGGAUAAAGAUGAAGAAUGGACAGAAACACUUGCCUUGUAGGCAAAACUGGCAAACACUUGGCUGUGUAGUAGUCACAGUCCUACCCCAAACCAAUGCUCUCUGGACUGUCUCCCCCUGGGGGAGUGGAGGAGGUACUGCAGUUUUCACCGCUUCACAGUCACCCUGCUGAGAACCACAUCUCUAAUAUCCUGCUCUGAGUUUUAACAUUUUAGAUAAAAAAAGAAGAAACUAGUAGAACGAGUUUGAAGAGAAAAAAAAACAAAACAAUCAGGAGUUUUCUGUGAUAGGUUAUUUGCUGACUGUGGACUACAAGACAGGGGAAGAAAUCCUUGAAAUAAACCAAAUACACAACCCAGUGUGUCCAUGUUUAUGUUCUCAUCUGUUUUCUUGGAUUUUAGCUUUCUUCUUCAUGGACCAUGCAGACGCCAUAACUCACCACCUUCCUUAAUAUUGUUUCUGAAUAUAUCCAUACAUAUAGCUAAGGGAUCUGCAAAAUAACCUGCUUUGAUUGAUAAAGUUGUACUUUAUCAAUAAAGAAUACAUAUCUUUGAUGUGUUGAUCAGAUCUAAAUGACGACCCUUUACAUAAAUAAAACAAAGUGUCUAUUG